AUGUCUCUACCUUACCAUCAUCAAGACAACGGCGUUGGAGCAGGCCACGACUCGGACAAGACAUGGCACGACGACCGACGACCACAUGUGUCGAUGGAGAAAGUCGAUGCACACUCUCCGCCUGAGACAUGCCAGCUCGUCCAGCAGUCGGGCGUCGCAAAAGCAAACCUCCCAUGGGCCGAUCUGAUCGUCAAGUCCUUCUUCGGCGGGAUAUUCAUAUCGCUCGGGUCACUAUUCGAUCUCGUCAUCGCUGGUGGUGCUCCCGGUCUUAGGGAGUCGAAUCCUUCGCUGGCUACAAUGCUCGCGGCAUUUGUCUUCCCUGUGGGGUUUGUGCUCGUGGUGCUCACGAAUGUUGAACUUGUCACGAGCAAUAUGGCUGUGAUGAUGUACUCGACACUGUCGCGGAAGACAUCUAUAUAUGAUCUGCUCAAGAACUGGGUUGUCAGCUAUGUCUUUAAUCUUGCUGGGUGUCUAUUUUUCGCGGGGAUCUUGGCUUGGUGGUCGGAUACUCUGGAGACUCCUGCGCAGUCAAUGUACGCGGUGACCGGGGCGGAGGCGAGAGUCAAUGUCAAUUGGGGUCACAACUUUACCAGGGGUAUUGGUUGCAAUUGGCUUGUCGGAUUGGCCAUCUACCUUGGAACAAGUGGAAAGGACUUGUUCUCUAAGGUGGUCGGAAUUUGGAUACCAAUCUGGACAUUUGUUGCACUAGGUUAUCAGCAUUCCAUCGCGAAUUUCUUCCUCGUCCCGAUCGGAAUGUUCUACGGCACAAACUUUGGUGUUGGGAAAUUCAUCUACCAGUGUGUUAUUCCGGUGACAUUGGGGAACAUCGUCGGCGGCGCUUUAUUCACGGGAGCAUUCUUGUGGUUCUUGUACGGUCGUGAUACAACCCUUGCUGUCGAAACUGGUCAGCCGUUGAGUGGUGAAAAGAAGGCCAACGGUGGUGCUCAGUCACAUUGGUGGGGUCCUCGUCGCGAUCGUGGUCAUACUGAUGAGAAUGUUACGGCUGGUGAAAAUCGGGAUGGAGCGGCACGGCGAAGGGUUGGUGGGAAUAUAGUUUAG